CCGCCUCCAUAGUCGGAACAGACAUAUACCGGAGCCUCCCCGGAAGCCCCCGAGAUUAUCGAAGUUCCAAACGUCGUCCGUCAACGCCGUCCCUAUCCAGUCCUGCCGAGCCGUAGUGUGAGACUGCAAUCGUUAUCUUGACGACAGCCCAUAAGAAUGGCCGCCCCAAAUGGCCUCGAGGAGACACCUCCCAACCUCCGGGAAUGGCGAGAACGGCUGUUUCAUGCUGCGGAGACAUUCGUCAUGACCGAAGACGAGUGGAAGACGUACUGGCCACACAUCGACAACGUCUGGUCGCACCGGAGCACCCAGACAUCCAAGAAUGGUCCUUUCAAGACGCAUUAUUACGACUGUCGGCUCAAGGGGAGACCGCCGGGCGUGGCUCCCUCCCUUCAGAAUCCGGACCGUAAAAAGCGCAAGCGAGUCGCACGAGACCGGGAUCUGUGUGACAUGAAGAUCAAGGUGACCGAAUCCGUGGAGCACCGACGCGGCGGCGGCGGCGGCGGCGGAGGAGGAGGAGGAGGAGGAGGAGGCGAAUUGGUCCCGGUCAAGAUGUAUACGAUCGAACGCGUGAAGCGGGAGGUCCUGCAUAGGCCGACGCCCGGUGGCGGCUAUAUCGUCGAAAAGCUGAAUCGUGAGGAGCUGAUCGCCCAGCAUCAACUGCAAACGCUGCUAUCCGGGGCGCAGCCUGGAUACAAUCAGCAGCAGCUCGAAGACGGGGUCAACGGCCUAUCGAUGGGAGUCAACAACCUGUUGGGAAAUGAAACCGACGCCCUCUCCGGCCACGACAGCACCUCCGGCGUAGCACAUCUCCUCGCGGAACUGGAUUCAUACGGUGUCCCGGGAUUCCUAGGAGAGGUUCACCGACACAGUCUGGAGCACAGCGAUGCGAUUAAGAGGAGUUCGAUUGAGAGGGACCGACUGAAGCGAAGCAAGGAAUUGAAAAAACAGCAGAAAACAUACCACAAGAAGGCCACAGGACAGGCCUUACAGACCGUGAAGGAUCACUCGAAGGAAUGCGAUCUGAAGUUGUUUGGCGGGUGCUUCUGUCCAUUCGUGCAACGGGUCUGGAUAGCAUUGGAGCUGAAGGGAAUGGAUUAUCAGUAUAUCGAAGUUGAUCCGUAUGCAAAACCCAAGCUCCUCACCGACAUCAACCCCCGAGGUCUGGUCCCCGCAUUGAAGCACGGAGACUGGGGCUGCUACGAGAGCACAGUAUUGUUGGAGUACUUGGAAGACCUCGGUAUCGGCAUGCCCCUCCUCCCCAAGGACCCGCGAGACCGAGCACGCACCCGACUAUGGGUGGACCAUAUCAACCGUAACAUAGUCCCCGGAUUCUACCGCCUCCUUCAGGCCCAAGAGACGCAGACGCAAGUCCAGUACGCCGAGGAGCUCAAGAGUGAAGUCUCCAAACUCGUCGAUGUCGCUCAUCCAGAUGGCCCGUUUUUUCUCGGCCUAACCAUGACAUAUGUCGACAUAUCGGUUGCACCUUGGUUGCUGCGCUUCUCUCGGGUUCUCCAGCCGUACAGGGGGUGGCCUCCUUCCGAGAAGAGCAGUAGAUUGGGACGGUGGAUCGAGGCAUUGGAAGCGAACGAGGCAGUCAGGAACACGACGAGUGACGAUAUCCUGUACCUCGACAGCUACGAACGAUACGCCGAGAACCGGCCCAACACGAGUCAAGUGGCGACUGCUGUGAAUUCCGGUCGCGGGCUGCCCUGAUUGUGUGUGGUUCGGACGUUUGUCGAUGUACUUUUUUUUUCUUCCGAAAAGUCCGAUUGGUUGUUGGUGAUAUUGCCGGAAGAUCGUCCGGCACGAAGAUGGUUGGUGUCACGAUAAUUCUUGAGUUCCCGAAUACCUGCUCUCUCUCUCUCCUUCUCUCUCUCCUUCUCUCUCUCCCUCACCCUCUCUC